UCAAAGCAGAUGACAUCCCUGGAAAGGUGAUCUAUGAGAGGAGUGAUAAGAUUGAGGGUUGUGUGGUGCUGCGCUGGCCGGAGCCUCUCAUGCCCAACGGACUCAUCCUGAUGUAUGAGAUCAAGUUUCGGCCGGGGACUGAGCCUGAGAAACACGAGUGUGUGUCUCGCCAGCAGUACCGUGAGAACAGAGGAGCUCGGCUGACCAACCUGGGCUCGGGGAAUUACUCCGCUCAAGUGCGCGCAACAUCACUAGCAGGGAACGGCUCCUGGACGCAGAGCGUGUUUUUCUACGUGCCCCCGCCCAAACGAGAUGAUGGUGUUACGUUCUAUUUGGUCAUAAUAAUUCCCAUCAUAGUGACGCUUUUCAUUGCCUGCCUCACCACCAUUCUCUUCUUUGUGAACAAAAAGAG